AUUGCUACAGCACGAAACGGUGGAGCAACCUAUAUAAGUAACGAUGAGGGACCUGUACAAGUAACGAGCCUGUGCGGAACGUUUGCAUGGAGCGUUGUACCAUGUACAAGGUUGCUCGAAGGGCUUGGAAAAGCAAAAGCCACGCAAGAUGAUGUAUUUGAUCAGCAUGCUGCAAAUUUAAGUAAGCAAAGCAAAGCCUGCGAAAGGCUUUAUCGCGAUCUGAAGGCUUACGGAACAGCACUGAAAACAAUGGUUCAAGCACAGAAAACACUUCGAGAAACAAUACGAGAACUCUAUGAACCAGAUUGGCCUGAUCGUGAACAUUUGUGUGCAAUUACACAGACACUGGAUCUUCAGUGGGAUGAAUUCGAGAAAAUAGUGAAUGAACAAGUGAUGGGCUCUGUGAAUUCGUAUAUGACGCAAUUUUCUGAUCUGAAAGCAAAAGUGGCGAAACGAGGGCGGAAACUUGUUGAUUUUGAUAGCGCACGUAAUAAUUAUGCAACUGUCAAAGCAAGCUCAAAAAAAGGUGAUGAAGAUCCAAAAGUGGUGAAAGCAUUGGCAGAUUUACAACAAGCCGAAACUAUGUACAGAGAUAUAAAUCGAGAGCUUGUGGAUGCAUUGCCGGCCACAUACGAUAGCCGAAUAACGUUUUUCAACAACAAAACGUUGGUAACGCUGCUGGAUAAUUUGGGCAAUUCGUUUGAAUCGCUUCGGGUACCACGAAUUUCAACGGAUCACUCGGUUUCUCCCGUUCCUUCCAGUGAAAAGUUAGCCCAAAAUGAAGUUCUGCCUCGGCCAAGAUCCGAAAUACCAACGCCAGCACCAAGGCAGACAUCACCGCGCGGCUCAACAGUGUCAUUGCCCCUGAAAGCUGAGGCUCAAGAUGAAGAAAGCGUGGAAAAGAAAAUGUACCCUGUAAGUUAA